AUGUCGUCACAAAAUCAGAACCAACCCUCUCAUAGAAUUUAUAAAUCAACUAAAGAACAAAACAAAAUCCUUGGUGGAACCCCUAAGCAAGUCCAUAAAAUAAAUGAACUAGAAAAAGGUGAAAAUAAAGCAGGGCCUGCCGCUGCUUCCUCUAGCCAAGAAAAGGCACCUUCUAGCUCUAUUGAAGGUGCUACAAUCCAUAAUCUACCACUCGAAGCUCAAACACACGAUAGUGACGGUGGAAAGAUAUUCCCUCCCAUCCCCAAUGCUCAAGUACAUGAUUCUGCCUUGGGGGCGCGUGAUCCAGCCUUACAGAAUUCUGGACCCUCUGGACCACCCGACAAAAUCACUUCAAUCUUGAAUCCUCAAACAUACGAUAAUGGUGAUGGACAUCAAACUCAAGAUGGAAGGACAUCCGUUACCAUCCCUAAUCCUCAAACGCAUGAUGGAAGGUCAUCUGCUACCAUUCCAAAUCCUCAAUCGCAUGAUGGAAGGUCAUCCGCUACCAUUCCAAAUCCUCAAACGCAUGAUGGAAGGCCAUCUAAUUAUUAUGCAAGAAUCCCAUCGAUUUUGAAUGGUCCUCCAACCCUUCCAUCACUCCAGUGGGUCUUAAAUAAUCCUAAUGAAACCAAUGAUGUUAUUCUUCCACCUAUUUACAAUAAUUCUACACCUCAACAAAUUCAUUUGCAUACCCUCGAGCCUGACCAUGAACCGGAUGUUCCAAAAUUACCAUUUCGGUUGUAA